CCUUAGCAGAGAAUGACCAUCUUGAUUAUAAUUUAAAGACAACCAAGAAAUGGAGGCACAUCGGUUAUACCUAUGAUAACAACACUGGAAAUCAACGACUGUAUGUUGAUGGGACUAAAGUUCGUGAAAGCUUCAUAGCUAAACAGGAGAUUGCCACAGAUUACAAGGUUAGGAUUGGAGGAGCCAAAGUGGGUGAUUCUAGGUACUUCAAAGGACGUAUUUCAUGUGUUCAAUUCUACGAUAAGGCAUUGACACCAAAGCAAGUAUUGGCCAUCAUGAGUAGAUGUCAGGAAAGAAAUGAGGUUUAUUCUGCAUGUUUGCAAAACACAUUACGUGAAGACCACUCAAGGUCAGUGGAAUACGAUGUAGGCAGCGGUCAUCCUUCUGAUAGAGAAACCUUCAUCAGAAGACGAUGGUAUCGAAUACAGAACAAAAAAGCGGCACGAAUAGUCACUUCUUGUCCGGCCCCAGGUUCAUGCGGUGCUAAAGCCCCAGGAUGGCUAAAUGGCCAGUAUCCAUCCCUAGAAGCUGGGAUUAAAGAGAUGGAAAUUUGUUAUAACACUGGAGCAGAUUGCUGUGGGAGAAAUGCCACUGUUUAUGUAAGACAGUGCUAUGGAUAUCCUGUUUUUAUGUUCGACAACGUACCGGAGAAAAGUCUUGGUAAUCGCGUUUGCAUAGAACUAGAUGCAGAAAUAAUAUACCCAGAGGCAAUGUUUCAGUCAACCCAUGGCCAAUGCUUAUCGAAUCACGUGAUGCAUUCUGAAAACAACAUGGCGGACGUCUUUAUCUGUAUUCAGCACUGCCUUCAUUCUGGAGAAAAAUGCAAAUCUAUAAAUUUCAUGGACAACAAUGGCACUUGUCACCUCAACAACGCGAGCGAGGCUGAUUACCCGAAGCAUAAGAUCGUGGAGGCUUAUUGCACAUAUUUUCAAAGAAUAGCUGUCGCAUCUGCGGAAGUCAAAGUUUCUAAUUAACUUCUUCACUAUACACUGAACUGAAUUGAUCAAUUACGAAAAAAACAUAGAGUUUGAUGCCCAAGAUGCCCUCAAUGUUUAAAUAAACUAAAUUAGGAUUAUUUCAGGGGUUAUUGGCAGAUUCGGCUAUUACUAGUGCUGUUUUUCAUAAGAAAUAAGAUCUAUGUCUAAUAAUUCGACAGGAGAUAUGUGCGCAUACGGUUCCUUUUCAGUCUGUACGUAGUUUGUUUAACAAUAGAGUAAUUUACUUUAUUAUAUAGAUGAUUUCUAACGCGCGCUCUGAUUAGCCAAAAAAGAGAGUAUAAACCACGAUUGUGCGCGAGGGAUUUUUGAAAAAGGCAACAAAAUGGAUUUUUGCUUAAGUUUUUCUCAAAAUCUACAUAAUAAAACAAAUAAAUAAGUCUCAGCCUGUGAUUAAUACUCUAAUAAACACGCACGCUUGUUAUUUGAAACACACGAGAAAAUGUCAAAGAAGCACGAGCUGAAAGCGAGCCUUAUUUAUUUGUUAAGUGUACUUGUCUUUUGGACCUUCAAUCUUGAAUAUAAAGGUAUAAUAAAACCUUUAAAA